GAGGCGGCUGCGCCUGCGCGGAGCCAGGCGCGCUGUGCAGCGCGGUCCGCGGUGGGGGCGGCGCGAACAGCAAGGGGGAGGCGGAUGGCUCUGCGGGGCCUGGCAGGCUCGGGGCCCGGUUCCCGCGGGCCGGCGGAUGAGGCGGUGGCGACGGACGAGGAGCGCGAGGCAUCUGCCUUGGUGGCGGCGGGAGCUGUAUCGGAGGAGGAUGAGGAAGACGAGGGCCGCGGCCGGGGCCUGCUGCGCUGGGACGGCUUCUCUGCCUGGCUGCACUGCGUGUGUGUGGUGGGCUUCGACCUGGAGCUGGGCCAAGCCGUAGAGGUUAUUUAUCCUCAACAUUCCAAACUUACUGACAAAGAAAAAACCAAUAUUUGCUAUUUGUCUUUUCCAGAUUCAAAUUCAGGUUGUCUUGGAGAUACCCAGUUUUGUUUUAGAUUUCGACAGUCUUCUGGGAGGAGGGUGUCACUGCAUUGUCUCCUGGAUCAAUUUGACAAAGAUUUACCAGUUUAUUUAAAGAAGGAUCCUGCGUAUUUUUAUGGAUAUGUGUAUUUCCGACAAGUUCGAGAUAAAACUCUUAAAAGAGGCUACUUUCAGAAGUCCUUGGUUUUGAUCAGCAAACUACCGUAUAUUCAUUUUUUCCACACUGUGCUCAAACAGAUAGCACCAGAAUAUUUUGAAAAGAAUGAACCAUAUUUGGAAGCAGCUUGUAAUGAUGUUGAUCAAUGGCCUGCCCCAGUGCCAGGGAAAACAUUACACCUGCCUAUUAUGGGGAUAGUAAUGAAGGUACGGAUUCCCACAUGUCACGACAAGCCUGGGACAACUCAAUUAGUGCAGUCAACUCAGCAGGGAGACACACAUAUAUCUGUUAUUUUACCUACUGUUCAUGAGGUGGAUCUUUUCAGAUGUUUCUGCCCAGUUUUCCUUCAUAGUCAGAUGCUUUGGGAGCUGGUGCUGUUGGGUGAACCUCUUGUGGUCAUGGCACCGUCACCGUCAGAGUCGUCAGAGACCGUAUUGGCACUUGUUAACUGUAUUUCUCCAUUAAAGUACUUCAGUGAUUUCCGACCUUAUUUCACUAUUCAUGAUAGUGAAUUCAAAGAAUAUACCACCCGUACUCAAGCCCCGCCUUCAGUCAUAUUAGGAGUAACCAACCCUUUUUUUGCAAAAACACUCCAGCACUGGCCACACAUUAUUCGAAUAGGAGACCUUAAACCUGCAGGUGAAAUUCCUAAGCAGGUUAAAGUGAAAAAACUGAAGAACCUAAAGACUCUGGAUUCUAAACCUGGAGUUUAUACAUCUUAUAAGCCAUAUCUAAAUAGAGAUGAAGAGAUCAUAAAACAAUUACAGAAGGGUGUACAACAGAAGCGUCCUUCUGAGGCUCAAAGUGUUAUUCUCCGACGCUAUUUUUUGGAACUGACACAAAGCUUCAUUAUCCCAUUAGAAAGAUAUGUGGCAAGUUUGAUGCCUUUGCAAAAAAGUAUUUCUCCAUGGAAGAGUCCACCCCAAUUAAGACAAUUCCUUCCAGAAGAAUUUAUGAAAACACUUGAGAAAACAGGACCUCAGCUGACCUCUAGAAUAAAAGGCGAUUGGAUCGGACUUUACCGGCAUUUUCUAAAAUCUCCAAAUUUUGAUGGUUGGUUCAAGACUCGGAGGAAGGAAAUGACCCAGAAAUUGGAGGCACUCCAUCUAGAAGCUCUUUGUGAAGAGGACUUACUUCUCUGGACCCAGAAACACACAGAAGUAGAAACUGUAGACCUUGUAUUGAAGCUAAAAAAUAAGCUGUUGCAGGCUGAUCGAGAGCAUUUACCUGUGAAACCUGACACUAUGGAAAAGUUACGGACACACAUAGAUGCAAUUAUCCUUGCAUUGCCAGAGGACCUACAAGGCAUAUUGCUCAAAACGGGCAUGACAUGAUAUUUGCCAGGAUUUUCCAGCCAAAAGGAUUGUGCACCAUGAAGCAUACUGACAUUUCAACCAGACGCACAAGCUCUCUCGAGUGGGAAAUAGCUGUGGAUGCUAGCUACAGGGUUGAAAGACUAUACUGUAUAAACAGACCUUUUUAGUGCAUUAUUUUAAAAAAUGGAUAUCCAUGGUGGUUCCACUUUAAUACUGAUACACCGAAAGUCAUUUCUAUAUUUUUAAUCAUGUUUAAAGUGCUCUUAUGAGAGACUGUGGGGCCAUCAGUUUAAGUGAUUCCAAACUGCAGUGCUGGCAUUGCAGAUAUUUUUUUAAAUUGGUGCUGCUUUGCCCAAUCAUGUUAAAACUCAGGGGGAUAUAAAAAUAACAUUCAUAAAUACACAAAAAAAAAUUCACACUGGCAAUCUUCUUAAGAAGAAGGAAAAGACUGAACUGUAAAACUGUAAUUAGAACUAAUUAAUGCUUUUGUAGUGCCUUCCGUUGUCCUACAUGUUUCACAAAGCCCAGCUCAGCUGUUGGUCUUGAAGCUUUUCUUAACUUGAUUAUGAUAUUCAAUUUUUUAUAAGGCAUUGUUGUGAGUAAUCAUUUAAAAAAUUUUUUUGCCUCAUAUUAUGUUUAUUAUUAGUGGCAUUGGUGUUUUUUUUCCAAUUAUCAUGUAGGUUUCAUUUCAUUAUUUUCUAUACCGUUUUCAGAUUUAACCUCAUCAGUUUCUCCAAAGAGAAGGCAUCUAGUAUUAAUUAUGGAAGGUCUUAUUUCCUUUUACCAUUUAUUAAUUGGGCCUGUUUCAAUUAAUUAGCUUGGCUGUUGUUCAAAGUCAUUCUAAUUAUAAACUCAUUUUAAAUUGAACUAUUAUUUUUUUGGUUGCUCCUGCGGCAAUGUGCAAGUUCCCAGGCCAGGGAUUGAACCUGUGCUGCAGCAGUAACCAGAGCCACUGCAGUGACAAUGCCUGAUCCUUGACCCACUGCGCCACAAGGGAACACCUAAACUGAACUAUUCUUACAUCAAAGGUAUUCAUAAACAUUUUAUGUGAUAGUUGUUUGAGUGCUUAAAAGAUUGAUUUUCACCAUUAUUUGUGUGGUAGGAUUUCCCCCACCCCCAAAUUAAUACCUUCCAGAACACUUUCCCUACUGUUGUUUGACAUGGGAACUUUUGCCUGAAUCACUGUUAUAGCUAGUUUUUUGUUUGUUUGUUUUUAUUUGUUUCUGUUUUGUUUUGUUUACACUAUACUACCUUGCCAAAAAUAGAAUAUUGUGGUUUGGAGAAUAAGGUUGUUUUGUUGAUAUUUGAAUAGGAGUUUCCUGAAGAAGCCACUAUUUAAAAUAGGCACACAUGACAUAGCACAAAUGUAAAUAGCUGUGUCUUGAAUUACCCUCUAUGUAUCCAAAUUUAGUUGUAUGUUGUAAAAGAAAUGGCUUCAGGAGCUUUCUCUACAUGCUCUGUUAAUAUCUCUUGAGAGCACUCCCAACCUAAGAAAGGGUCCUUGGUGUUUGUAAUUGUGGUCUUCUACCCAAAUGUGCCCUUUUCUCAUGGAUUCGAGUCUCUUGAAGCAUACCUCAGUCAUAGAGAGAAUAUGGCAUUUGAAAGAAAUCAUUUGCCUUGGAUCAUAUGAGCUAUUUUGUGAAACAACAGUUGUCCUCAUAGAAAAGUGGCAACUACUUUUAUAUGUUAAAGUAUUUCAUAUCUUCCUGGGAAACCUAUUUAGGUAUGAGUGGUCAUCUUAUUAUUUUUCAAAAAGGUGUAUUUUAAUAAUCGUAAAAUUUAUAUGCAGUUUAUGACAAGAGUUUGAAAGUUGUUAGUGUCAUAUCAAGGACCUUUCACAUUAUACCACUACAGGAUGUAUCAUUUCAAGUUUGUUUUGCAUAGCAAAAGAGUAGCAAAGGAUGCCAAUUAGCAUAAUAAUGGUAUCUUCAUAUUUACUGUACUUAUCUAAAGCCUAACAUUUGUUGAAAACUAUAUCAUACCUACCUGGUUUAUCUAUUAAUUUCAAAUUAUGUACUUAUAAAAAAAUAACUUAAAAUUGCAUCAAGAACCUGAAAAAGACUGAUUAACUUAAUUUUUUGUAAUUUUCAGAGUUGUCCUUUUUUUUUUUUUGAGGAGACAUUGUUAACCUCUAAAACCUGCCAUUUAAUAUUUAUCUUCACCAGCAUCAGAAGGAAUCACUGCUUUCAGGGUGUUAUGUAAUGCCUAGUGCCUUCUGUUUUCACUGAAAGGGGUUUUGUGAAGGCAUUUAUGGUCAUUACUGAAAACCUAAUUAAAGGCCUUGGAUUUUAAAGC